AUGGAACGGCCAUCAACAGAAGACCCACCGGUCACCAACACAGCAACUCCCGCAGUCGCGGCCGCCGCCGUCACAGAUAGAAUAGAUACAGCAGCCCCGCUGGUUACAGAACAGCCUGGUGGUGGUAGUACCGAAACAUCUACUACUACUGGGACCAGCUCGGGCACCACAACGACGACGACGGGCACAACAGACGAUACAGAUAGGACUACGGGGGAAUCCAACACAGAAGAUAGCGUACAGAACGAGACGUUACGACCUGGAUCGGUGGUCAGAGCCCCAUCAGCGCCACACUCUACAGCUUCAAAGAAACGGCGCCUAGCCUUACUUAAAGCAAAAGAGGAACUCCUGAAAAAAGAAGUCGAACUGGCAGCAGCACGCGUCGCUACGUUAGCCGAAGAAUCCGACGACGACACAGACAUAGAGAUAGCAAGUGUGAGCGACGUACGCACACGCACAAAGACGUGGGUGGACCAGCACUCAACGCUGGCCCUCCCGCUGCCCGCCAACAUAGCACCCUUAACUAUAACGGGUGAAUACAGAACCACAGUAGAAGAAAAACCGUCGCAAACUCAACACAGUCAGGCCCCUCCCGCGACACCUAUAAACAAGGGAGCAAAACACAGCAUAGCAGCACCCACUACACAAGGUGGAUGCAUCUCAACUCCCGUCACGGCGGGAGAACAUGCGAUCGCCAAACAACCAUCGAUAGAAAUUACACAGUUAGCACAAGCGAUCACGUUAGCUGCGCGAUCAGCGUGUCCUACACCGCGCAGCACCUUCGAGCUUCCAACAUACAGUGGAUCUCACACAGAAUGGCUGUCUUUCUACGCAGCCUACACAGCGACAGCUCCAUCCUACUCCGACCAGGAGAACUUAGUACGCCUGCGGAAGAGCCUGAAGGGAAUGGCGAAAGAAACGGUCGAAAGUCUUCUCAUGUACAACGCGAACCCCACCGACGUAAUGAAGACACUACAGCUUCGAUUCGGCCGCCCCGACGCUAUAGCCACACCGAGCUCGACCGCCUCCGAGCUCUACCGCGCCUCAGCGACUCAGCCAAAGAAGUAUGCGUAUUUGCGACGAGGAUGGUACGACUUCGCGGCUGAGCAAUCAGAAGACGACGCCGACCUACUGAAACUCGCAAGGUUCCUCGAACGCGAGGCUGAACGCUGUGGACCUUACGCGCAACCAGAGCGCGACACAGCCUCAUCACAAACACAGCGGACAGCACCCGGCGCCGUCCAAAUUCGAAAACAGACACAACAGCGUACUUACUCCACAACGGAAAAGGAUAAGACAGCGUGCCCCGUAUGCGACAAGACGGGCACACGGCGGUAA